AGAAUUAUAUUUUGCCAUCUGUCAUUUGAAACACGGUAAUGGUGAUAUAAGAACUCUUCUGUUCCGAGUUCCUAUGAUAUUGAAAAGAACUAUCGGUCGUAUCGUAUUAUCAUUAUCAGUACCACUACUUGCCCCAACCGGUGUGGUGAAAUUACUGUCACAGUUUUGCGUAACAGUGCCAAAACAGCCUAUCAAUAUGGAAGGUUUGGAGUUGGUUUCAUCAAAUAAAAUAUUUGGGGGUCACCAAAAGGUGUACUCUCAUGAAUCGUCUGAACUAAAAUGCAAGAUGAAUUUCUCUAUAUAUUUGCCACCUCAGGCUGAAGCUGGUGAUGUUAAAUUGCCUGUUAUAUUCUACCUCUCAGGACUCACAUGCUCUGAACAAAACUUCAUCUCUAAAUCUGGGUUCCAAAAGUAUGCAGCCGAGUAUGGCAUUAUUGUCGUGGGUCCUGACACAUCACCUAGAGGUGUGAAGAUCCCUGGUGAUGAUGAAUCCUGGGACUUCGGAGUAGCUGCUGGCUUUUAUCUAGAUGCUUCUAAAGAGCCAUGGUCAAAAAAUUAUAGAAUGGGCAGUUACGUUAAUAAGGAGUUGUAUGAAUUGAUAAUGCAAGCAUUUAGCAAUGUGGUAAAUCCUGACAGAGUUGGCAUUAUGGGGCACAGUAUGGGUGGUCAUGGAGCUUUAGUAUCAACUCUAAGAAACCCUGGUCUGUACAAGUCAGUGAGUGCAUUUGCACCUAUCUGCAACCCUACUGAAUGUCCUUGGGGCGUUAAAGCCUUCAGUGGAUAUUUGGGAGAGGAUAAAAGCAAGUGGGCUGAAUGGGAUGCUACAGAGCUAGUCAAGAAAUAUGACGGACCUCCACUUACAUUACUUAUUGACCAGGGUUCUAGUGACAAAUUUUACAUUGAGAAGCAACUCCUUCCUGAAAACUUGGUGGAAGCGUGUCGGUCCGCCGGAGUUCCAGUCAUACUUAACUUGCGUGAAGGCUACGAUCACUCCUACUACUACAUUUCCACUUACAUCGGCGAACAUAUCCAAUUCCAUGCUAAGAUACUUUUGGCCUAAGGUUAUAACUUCAUUGACAAAGUCAUGUUUUAAAAUGUAAUUUUAAUAUUCCUUUAUAUUUUUGCAAUAAAUCUUGUUAUUUAUAAAUA